AUGGCCAACCGUCAGAUCACAAGACGUAUUCUGAUCACCUCGGUGGUCGCGGUAUUCCUUCUAUUCGUGCUCUUCUUUCGACCCCAUGGCCCGCCGAGUCCCGCUAUUCGCGCUCCCGGUCAUAUCGACAAGUCUGCGCCGGCCGCGACAGUCAAAAAUGAAAUCAAAGACGAGAUUCUGAAAGGGGAGGUGGUUAUGCCGCGGCUGGGGAACGAGACAGCAAAAGCAGAACUAGGUCGUGCGACAUGGAAGUACCUCCACACCAUGUUGGGUCGGUAUCCGGAAGAUCCCACGGAAGAGCAGCAAGAGACACUGCGCUCGUUCAUCCAUCUCUUUGCGCGACUAUAUCCCUGCGGUGAAUGCGCUGAACACUUCCGGGGCCAUUUGGAAAAGUACCCGCCACAGGUUUCCUCGAGAAAUGCCGCUUCAGGCUGGGGCUGCUUCAUCCACAACGAAGUAAACACAAUGCUUGGGAAGCCGGAGUUUGAUUGCACUAAAAUCGGCGACUUUUAUGAUUGUGGUUGCGCGGACGACGCAAAAGCCACAACCGAGAAAGGCGAACCUGCCAGUGGUAGUCAGAGCUCGCCCCAGAAGAAGGACCAAGGGGGCGACGCGGUCACUCCCGUUGAGAUCCAUAAGGAGGACACCACCCGGGGCUGA